ACUGUCUCCUCCCUGCUCCCCACUUCUUCUGCCCCAAGCUCUCUCGCGUGCCUCUUCACAUCUCCUCGCUCCUCGUCUUUCUCCACCUCACACUCUCCAUAUUCGGGUUCCAGUAUGGCUACGGCUCUCGAGUUAGCAACAGAUCGCAAACAUGUCGAGCUCGACGAGAGCGAGAAGAACAGCCAUACGCACUCCAUUUCUUCUGUCAGUCAAGGCGGACAAACACCAACUCUGGCAGAAUACAUGCGACAGGCAGAGAUCAGUCGAGCGCGGGAAGCCGGACAGUCACAGUCCGCUCCUCUAGAGUCUGACAACCGUACAACGCCGGAAAAACCAGACAUCGAGGACGAACUCAUCACUGCAAGACGGGCCUUGCGAAACGCUAGUUGGGCAGCUAUUUUUUACCUUAUCACGACGGACAUUCUCGGGCCCUUUAAUGCCCCGUUUGCGUUUAGUCAGGUUGGCUAUGUCCCAGGAGCGGUGCUUUAUGUCGUUAUGGGAGGUGUCGCAUGCUACACCGGCCUGAUUCUAUGGCGUCUAUUCUGCGUGCUAGACUCAGAUGUAUACCCGAUCAAGACGUAUGCCGACAUCGCGGAACGUCUUAUCGGACGAUGGUUCAAGCACCUGUGCUCUGCGUUGCAAUCACUGCAGUUAAUCAUUAACGUUGGUACGAUCUGCCUCGGGAACGCACAGAGCGUAGAGCAAAUUGCGAACGAUCAUCAGUUCUGUUUCUCCGUCGCGAUCCUCAUCUGGGCGAUCGUUGGGAUGGUCAUUGGACAGAUCCGUUCGUUAAAACAAUACGGUUGGUUAGCAAAUUCUGCCGUAUGGCUUAACUUGCUCGUCAUCUUCAUUACGAUGGGCGUCGUCGCGCACUCACCCCCCAACUUCAAAUCUGCGAAAGCCGCGUUUGGUAUCGACCAAGGACCUGUGCAAACGUCUGCAAUCGUCAGCUUGCCGUUGUUCUCGAAGGUGAAUGGCAUCAUGCAAAUGGUGUUUGCGUAUGGUGGAGCAAUGAUUUUCCCCGAGUUUAUGGCGGAGAUGAGGAGGCCAAUGGACUUCUGGAAGGCUAUGUGCUGUGCGCAAUUACUCAUCGCCACCGUCUACAUGCUCUUCGGUGUCUUCGUCUACGCUUUCCAAGGGCAAUUCACUCUCCCACUUGCUUUCCAAGGGCUGAGCAAGUUUGCGUGGCAGACGGUAGGAAACGUUAUUGCCCUUAUCACAGGUAUCAUUGCUGCGGGGCUAUACGGGAAUAUUGGAAUCAAGGUCGCAUAUUACCAUAUUGUUGAACAAUGGUUCAACGGUCCGCCUCUUAUAAGUAGGAAAGGGCGUGUCGUUUGGACCUUCAUGGUAAUCCUCUACUGGUCACUCGCAUUCAUCGUUGGUUCUGCUAUCCCGCAAGUUCAAACCAUUUCGGGUCUCGUUGCAGCAGUGUGCAUCAUGCAAUUCACAUAUACCUUCCCGCCGUUGCUGCUUGCGGCAUUUGAGAUGCAGGUGGAUGCAGCGAGGAAUGAUCCAGGUGAUACGUGGAAGGAGAAAUCAAGGUGGAUGCGGGCUAUUUUCUCUUCUGGUCCUUCUGUUUCGACAAUGACGACUACGACGAAUUCCGGUCUUUUGACGAAGAAUGGGAAUGGAAUUACGAAUGGAACUGCUGACACAACGGCAACCGGGGCCCCGAUAGAAUCUAAACGAACCAAAUGGCAAUUGAUAUGGGCCAAAGUCCGCCACAAUUUUAACAAUCUCUCUACUUCGAAAUUCUUUCGCCACUCCCGAGUGUUCUACAAGCUCUUCAACCUCGUCCUCUUCCUCGGCUCACUCACUAUGGCGUGUUUGGGAAUGUACGGUUCUGGAAAGUCUAUCCAAGCAACUUUUGCGUCUGGAGGAGCAGCUACGAGCUUUGGCUGCGGUGCACCCGUGUAAUUACAGUAAUGUAAAACUAGUAAUAGUUUAUGUCUUGUAGCGGGCAUAUUGUGGGUUGAAGAGGGAUGACAUUACACGAUAGGC